AUGGACAGCACAGUACGCACUGAACGAUCGGUUUCGCCUGAUGCCAGCGCUUCUCAAAUGGAGAAGUCGGCCUCUGUCCAGCCCUCGAAAUCGCUGUCCUCACAAGAUGGAUCCUUGAGUGAGCCCGAGGCUGGUCAGAGUCCGCAGCCAAGAAAUGAGUUUCCUGAGGGAGGCGCGACGGCUUGGCUGACUGUCGCUGGUGCAACUGCAUGUCUCUUCGUCUCGUUCGGUUGGGUCAAUGCUAUUGGUAUAUUCCAAGAGUACUACCAGGCAAAUCAGCUACGCGAGUACAGUCCGUCAGACAUCGCAUGGAUUCCUUCGCUCCAGAUCUUCUUCAUGUUCGCUGGCGGCAUCAUCGCUGGCAAGAUCUUCGACGACUAUGGUCCUCGUUCGCUGCUCAUCGCUGGCACGUUUCUGCAUGUGUUCGGGUUGAUGAUGACUAGUAUAUCAACGACGUACUACCAGAUUCUGCUCAGCCAGGCCAUCUGCUCGGCGAUGGGCGCAUCACUUGUCUUCAACCCGGCAUUCUCGAGCGUGUCGACGUGGUUCUUGAAGAAGCGUGGCGCUGCAUUAGGCAUCGUCGCCGCGGGAUCAUCUUUGGGAGGCAUCGUUUUCCCUCUCAUGAUCAUCAAUCUCCUCCCGAAGAUCGGAUUCGGUUGGACCAUUCGAUGCUGUGCAUUCCUAAUAUUGGCCCUGUUAAUCUUCGCAUCCUUCACUCUGACAAGUCGCCUCGAGCCUACGAAGCGACCCAUUGAGGUCAUGGCAUUUAUCCGGCCCCUCAAGGAGCCAGCAUUCGCGCUCUGGACUGUCUCGGUAUUCUUCUUCUACUGGGGCAUGUUCGUUCCAUUCACCUUCAUCGUUGCACACGCCGUUGCUCAUGGGAUGUCUCCUCAAUUUGCGCAAUACCUCGUCGUGAUCUUGAAUGCAUUCAGCCUCAUCGGACGUACCGUUCCCAACGCGGUUGCCGACAAAGUCGGACUUUUCAACGUCAUGAUCGUCAUGGCCACCUUGACUUCCGUACUUGUUCUGGGCCUGUGGAUCCCCGCCACGAACGACGCAGCCAUCAUCGCCUUUGCCGCACUAUUUGGAAUCUCCUCCGGUGCUGGCAUCAGCCUUACGCCCGCGUUGUGUGCAAAGCUGUCCCCGAUCCGGGAAAUCGGGGUCCGCACAGGGACGGUCUUCACCAUCUCAGCCUUUGCUGGACUUACGGGCUCGCCCAUUGGCGGUGCCAUCAUUGCAAGCAGUGGAGGUAACUUCACCUACGCUAUCACGUUCGGCGGCGUGACCUGUGCAAUUGGAACUCUCCUGUUCGUCGUGACUCGCAUUGCCUCCUUUGGAUGGGACUGGAAGAAGAUUUGA